GGUGGGCUUAGAAAACGGUGCCAUUGCUCGCAAAGAAAGCGGAUACGGUUUCUUCCGCAGCAAGAGUUGCGAUAGUAGACUUUCACCCCGUUAUUGAUUGGUUGGCAAAGGCCGAUAUUGGCCGUGUGUUCGCGACGUCAGCGCCGAAAAAGCGAAAGCUUGCGCAAGAAAGAGAGAGAGGCAACCAGGUGCACUGCGGCGAACGUGUCGGAACGAGACAGCGCACGGCUAGACGGCAAGUCGGAAAAAUGUCUACCAACGGAGGCGAAACGUUCGUGGUGCUUCCGCCGUGCACUGAGUCCUCCCGGAAGCAGAUUAUCUUCGGGCGUAAUGGUACCGGAUCGGGCGACGAUGUGAGCGAGGUUGUCUACGUGCCUGCCGACGCCGGCAGCGAGCCAGUGUCCUUGCCGAAUGGCUGUGAAAUCGAGGGAGCGACCAGCUACGCGGUGAUCCUCAAUAAACCGGCUGGCAGCUGGGGAGCUGAGAGUGGGUCCAACGAGAAAGCGGUCACUAUAGGACUUUCGUACAGCGGCGGAGCCACCCAGGAGGGCAAAGUGUCCGCCCUAGAUUUGGUACGUCUGGGACUGGAGCGUAGCGAGAGUGCGUCCGGUGCGAUCGACACGAUGGUGGGGCUAGUGGAAAAGUAUGGCAGUGAGGACCGGAACGCACUGAAGGCAGCGUUCGUGAUUUGUGAUCCGGAGGCCGUAUGGCUGCUGAAUGUGGCAGGACACUUUUGGGCGGCGAAACAGGUCCAAGAGACGAGCAUAGCGCUGGCAGCGAGUGGCUUCACGAUCGGAAGCCCGUUCGAUCGUAGCACGGAAGGGUUAGCUGACGGUGCAAAGGAUGCCGGUGCGUGGGACGGGUCGGGUGAGUUUAGUUUUAGUGCAGCAUUCGGAGGUAGUCCGGAUGACGCAACCACGCGAUCGUGGCCCGCAAACGAACCGGGUGCCGAGGGAGCUUUCGGGUUAAAGCAAAUGUUUGAAUGUUUACGAGCGAACGGCUCAUCGACCGGUUCCAGUCAGGUGUCGGUGUUAACCGGAGACGGUGAGUUGCCGUGCCACUGGUUCACUGCUACACCGCUGGCCGAAGAAUCCGUUUUUAAGCCGUUCAUAUUUACCGCGGGCGCCAAAAUUUCGCCCCUCACACGAGUGCCGGACGGUGAAACGCAAACGCUACUCCACCGUCUGCACAGCAACCGGAAGUGGGAAGCAGUCGGAAGUCUGCUUAGCUCGCUGGAGGACACGUGCGUGGAUGAAGUGAACCGGUUCUUGGGCGAACACUCGGGCGAACCGAGUCAGGAACUGGAUGAACUGAUGAAAGACUGCGUCGAGGCGGAAGUUAAGUUCUACCGUUAGAAAGAGUUAGGCUGUAAACGAUCGAACGGUUGACCGCAUCAGCACAAAUUGACAAUGGCACGAUAUUUUGACAAACCAAACGGUGGGGUGGAAGGAUGCGUACUAUUUUCUGUCUGUGUUUCAGACAAAAAAAAGAAUUCGCCGGGAUUCGGAGCCGCCAAUGGACAAGCGGUUUGCAACGUACCGCUAAGGGCCGAAUGGUUCGGCUGAGACCACAUUUCUCCAUGGAUACCCCGAGAACCCAGGAUGGAAUGGAAUUCUUUUUCAUGUGAUCUUAUUUUUCGUUUGUUCGUAAUGUCCCCGUGUGUGUGUUUUGUGUGGAUCGUUUGUGUUUAUGUAUAUUUUACACGCUUAAGCAGUUCCUUGUUUCUUUGCAGAUCUCUAAGGUUAAGAACGGCACAUACUUUUGUUAACUUUCUCAUAGCAUUAAGAAGAAACGGAAGCAGCGGUGGACAUGAUAUUAUCUCUCUCGAUUGCGUAGAUUAACUUGAUCUUUUCGAUUUUUUGACCUCGUAGGACUAAAAUGAAUUCUAAAGUAUCAGCUUCUUCCACACACAAAUAACUGCUAGCAAUAGUUUGACAAAGUCGAUUUCAUAAGAUUUCCUUUAGAACGACAUUAUUCGUAUUUUUUACCAUUUUUAAUGUUGAUUUCAUCGCUUCGCUUUCGAUGUAUUCUCGCCAUUUAUGUUGGCUGUAUUGUGAUCUUUCACGAAAGUAUUCCAAGUGAUCCGUAUACUGUUUGGUCUGUUUUGCAUUUGUUUACGAAAAUGAAAUUAAUUCUUUUUGGCUUGUUUUCUGGGAAAAAUAGCGUUUAUCAUCCAGUACCGAGUUUCUCAUUCCAGUGAUAAGUUAUAAAGUAUACAACGUACUGCAUUCCUUCGAACGGAGAACAGGCAUUUUUUGUCACACUCACUACGGAAAUGACGAUAAAUCUCUCCCAUUAACCGACACGUAGACGAACGGGAAAGCCGUAAGUUAUCCUAUACGUAUUAUAUCCAAACAUUGAUAGAAGCAACAAAAGGCUUGGCAGAAUAAUAGUAAUACCGCAAAGCUGCAGGCUCUCGAAAGCAUAACCAACCAUUACAAUAUUGUAACCCAAUGUUGGGGCUGGGCGCGUUGGCGAACACGAUCAAUAGAGAACAAUAACGACUGGUAGGAAACGCAACGCACGGACCGCCGGUCCGCGCAACCGGUUUUGCUUGGAACCCGCCCAAAUCGGGAAAACAAAUACAAACCUCCCCAACAAAGCACCCAUUUAUCUUCAUUAUUUAAGCUGCCUGCUGUGGACGGUGAUCGUGCGAAGCAACAAGAUCGUCUUCAUAAUGAACCAAAUAAUAAUAAUACUAGUAA